UUCAUUUAUUCCUCCAUCUUCUUUUUGUCUUCUCACCAUCUUGUCUCUUUUCUACUUGAUCGGAACUGAUAAAAAAAAAUGGGAUCUUCGAAGAAAUCUCAAGUCAUCGCCGAUGGUAAAACAUGGGUCAUCGCCGAAAUCUCUAUUCGAGCUUCAUUGAAACCGAUUAAGACGAAACUGAGGAAGCUCGAGAGAGAAACAGAAGUUGAAGAUGAAGAUUGCUGCGUCACUCCCACGGCGAAAGAAGCCAAGGUCUCGGAGAAACUGAUAUGUCCGCCGGCUCCAAGGAAACGCCGACCGGCGUUGAAGUGUCGGAGCAAUGUCGGUGUAGAGUACUUUGUGCCUCCUUAUGAUUUGGAGAGUGUGUUUAUACGACGCUGUUAAUGUAAAACGAUAUGUACUCUUUUGUCACUUUAGCUUCAGUGUACUAAAAACUUAUAAUAGAUUCUUUUAUCAAAAAUUUAUUGGCUUUUAUUAGUCUUGUCUUAAUUUGAUCUUUCAAGAAAUCUAGAAAACAAUAAAGGAAUUCA